AUGCGAAUACAGUUUGUAGCUUUUAAUCGAACCUUUAAUCUUCACCUGGAACCUAAUCUGGAUCUGUUUCACCCGGAGGCCACCAUCACCAUAUAUCAUGCAGAUCAAACUAGCACCACCACGCCACUGAUACACGAUGAUUAUAGGCUGUACAAGGGAGUCGUGUUGGACUCCGAGGAAACAGACAAACGAUUGGACGAAGACAUAAUAGGUUUGAAGAGGAGAAGCUUGUCAGAGGAGAUUGAAAAUUCAGUAGGUGUUCUUGGAUGGGCGAGGAUUCAAGUACUGGAUGAUGGAGGAACCAACAAACGUCAACCAACUUUCGAGGGCACAUUUUCAUUUUUAAAUGAUCUAUAUCACAUAAAAACCAUCAAGAAUUUUAAAACCUCACAAUACUUUGAUGAUCCUGAAAUACCAAAUAUCUCCGCUCGUUCACAAAAUGAUCGAGAAGCUACCAUGGUCAUAUACCGCGAUUCUGACACCAAAAAAACAAAUAUCAUGAAAAGAUCUGCAUCGACAGUGGGGGAGUCUUGUGGAAUGGAUGAUCUCAUAAGUGAUGAGUACCGUAGGCGUUGGAAACGCGGGUAUCUACGUGACGAAAAUUUUGCAGGCGUCGAGGAUCCAUAUUUCCAUCACAACCCUUCGACUUAUGUGAGAGGAUUAUUUCACAGUUUUGGUGGUAGUAGUUCGCUGUCCAAGAGAGCCACAACCACCGGAUGUCCCACUGGACAAAAAAUUGCUUAUAUGGUUGUCCAAAGCUACACUUCAUCCGACCUGGCCCGAAAGCAAAUUCUCAAUGAUUGGUCCACCGCCUCGGCUGUUUAUGAGCGAACUUUCAAUAUAACGCUGGGCCUAAUUAAUAUUCUAAUUCAGGAUCAGAGUUGUCCAACGACCAUUAAUACAACAAUGGCAUGGAAUCGGCCGUGCUCCGGUGAUUACACCAUCGAUGAUCGGUUGAGUGAUUUUAGUGAGUGGAGAGGAAAGUUAGGUACUUCGGGUCAAGCUUAUGUUUCUGGAACAGCCGUUUCCACAGUUAACAAAGAUGAAUGGAAGGUUAUCGCUCAUGAAAUUGGUCAUGGAUUUGGUGCGAUUCAUGAUUGUACGGCAUCUACAUGCCCGUGUACGCCUAGUUCCUGUAUCUGUUGUCCGCUAAAUUCAAAAACUUGUGACGCGAACGGACAAUAUAUCAUGAAUCCAACUAGCGAUGUUGCGACAAAUAAUUUCAGGUACACUUUGCGCAUCCGUGGCACAGACUGUGCUAAUGACCCCUGCUGCAACGGGCCCACCUGUAAAUUCAAGAAUGCGAUCAAAACGACAUGUGUUGUCAAAAUUGUACCUACAAACCAGCCAACACCGUUUGCCGUCCUUCGAGUUCCUCUUGCGAUAUCACCGAAUACUGCGAUGGCACGUCAGGCGAUUGUCCACCCGAUUCGCAUGUAUCAGAUGGUACAGCUUGUGGCAAUGCUAGCGGUCUUGCAUGUGCGAGCGGUCAAUGUACUUCAAGGGACCUCCAAUAUGAGCGCUAACUUUAUCGACGGAACUCCAUGUGGAUUCGGCGGAAAAUGCGCCCAAGGGACAUGUCAAACUGGAUCUCUGACCGACACGGUGUCAAGCUGGUUAAAUCAGAACAAGCAAUAUGUCAUUCCAGUUGGAAUAGUGUUGGGCAAUAUUCCACCCGCAUAUCCUUCAAGCACACACAAUGCAAACGCUUGGGUAGAUGUAACCCCCUACAAUGGCCCUAACAAUCAUGAUUCAAACUGGGUGGAUCCAACGCUUUAUAAUGGCUCAUCGCAACCUUAUAGAACUCGAUCACCGCCAUCACACUCAUCACACGGACAAACUCCUUAUCUACCGGAUCAGUAUUAUGCCGGUGUGUCAUCGCCGGGGGACAGCCCUGGCAUGGUUUCCAAGAUUCAAGAGGUAACAAGUCGCAAGUUGAAAAUUUGUCUCUUAACCGGAGCUCUGUCGAGUUUUGUCAUUGCAGAGAUCCACUUCGCUUUAGCUUGUAAUCACAAUGUAAGGUAA